CAGUGCAUCACUCUCUGGGGCCAGGGUGAGUGGAGAGCAGGGAAUGUGAAAUUCUAUAAACUCUCCAAAAAAUUCCCAGGUUUUCCAGAAGUCUCGGUGGGAAAACUCCCGCAGUUAGGAGUGAAUAAGCAGUUGUACAACACUUAGAGAGAAGAUGUGGAUUCCUGGCAACCUCUAUCCUAGUCUUCUUCUCAAAACACGGAUGCGAUGUCAGAGGAGAGGAGCCUUGAAACUGCUCCCCCCAAUGGGUUUGAGAAGGAGGUGAGGAGAGAGGAUGUGAGGAAUCACAGAAAGACUCAAGCCAGAUAAUGCCAAGGAGGAGUCUUGAUAAAUCAGAUAAAGCCAAGGAGUUACAGUGUGUCUUGAUGUUAUGUGUCCCCGUGUAUGCCUGAUAGGAGCCAAGCCAGCCCCAGGGAUCUGCUUUGAGAGAGUCAACUCAGCAGGAGAUCCCUAUGGGAACUGUGGGAAGGACUCCAAGGGAUCCUUUGCCAAGUGUGAAGCUCCGUAAGUAUUCUCUAGGAAAAGAUUACAUACCAGUACAUACAGCGCAUUCGGAAAGUAUUCAGACCCCUUUACUUUUUCCACAUUUUGUUACGUUACAGCCUUAUUCUAAAAUUGAUUAAAUUGUUUCCCCCCCCCCCUCAUCAAUCUACACACAAUACCCCAUAAUGACAACGUUAAAACUGGUUUUUAGAAUUAGUUGCAUUUUUUGUUUAUUUUUUACCCUGAAAUAUUAUAUUUACAUAAGUAUUCAGACCCUUUACUCAGUACUUUGUUGAAGCACCUUUCGCAGCGAUUACAGCAUCGAGUCUUCUUGGGUAUGACGCUACAAGCUUGGCACACCUGUAUUUGGGGAGUUUCUCCCAUUCUUCUCUGCAGAUCCUCUCAAGCUCUGUCAGGUUGGAUGGGGAGCAUCGCUGCACAGCUAUUUUCAGGUCUCUCCAGAGAUGUUCGAUCGGGUUCAAGUCCGGGCUCUGGCUGGGUCACUCAAGGACAUUCAGAGACUUGUCCCGAAGCCACUCCUGCCUUGUCUUGGCUGUGUGGUUAGGGUCGUUGUCCUGUUGGAAGGUGAACCUUCGCCCUAGUCUGAGAUCCUGAGCGGUCUGGAGCAGGUUUUUAUCAAAAAUCUCUCUGUACUUUGCUCCGUUCAUCUUUCCCUUGAUCCUGACUAGUCUCCCAGUCCCUGCCACUGAAAAACAUCCCCACAGCAUGAUGCUGCCACCACCAUGCUUCACCGUAGGGAUGGUGCCAGGUUUCCUCCAGACGUGACGAUUGGCAUUCAGGCCAAAGAGUUCAUCAGACCAGAGAAUCUUGUUUCUCAAGGUCUGAGAAUUCCUUAAGUGCAUUUUGGCAAACUCCAAGUGGGCUGUCAUGUGCCUUUUACUGAGGAGUGGCUUCCGUCUGGCCACUCUACCAUAAAUGCCUGAUUGGUGGAGUGCUGCAGAGAUGUUUGUCCUUCUGGAAGGUUCUCCCAUCUGUCAGAGUGACCAUUGGGUUCUUGGUCACCUCCCUGACCAAGGCCCUUCUCCCCCGAUUGCUCAGUUUGGCCGGGCGGCCAGCUCUAGGAAGAUUCUUGGAAGUUCCAAACUUCUUCCAUUUAAGAAUGAUGGAGGCCACUGUGUUCUUGGGGACCUUCAAUGCUGCAGAAAUGUUUUGGUACCCUUCUCCAGAUCUGUGCCUCCACACAAUCCUGUCUCGGAGCUCUACGGACAAUUCCUUCGACCUCAUGGCUUGGUUUUUGGUCUGGCAUGCACUGUCAACUGUGGGACCUUAUAUAGACAGGUGUGUGCCUUUCCAAAUAAUGUCCAAUCAAUUGAAUUUACCACAGGUGGACUCCAAUCAAGUUGUAGAAACAGGAUGAUCAACGGAAACAGGAUGGAAAUUGGAUGCACCUGAGCUCAGUUUUGUGUAUCAUAGCAAAGGGUCUGAAUACUUAUGUAAAUAAGCUAUUUCUGUUUAGUUUUUUUAUAAAUUUGCAAACAUUUCUAAAAACAUGUUUUUACUUUGUCAUUAUGGGGCAUUGUGUGAAGAUUGAUAAGGAAAAACAUUUAUUUAAUACAUUUUAGAAUAAGGUUGUAAUGUAACAAAAUGUGGAAAAAGUCAAGGGGUCAAAAUACUUUCCGAAUGCACUGUAUGUCCAUUGUCUCUGAGCAGGUGCUGGGUAUCAAACAUUUUUCAAUAAAAUAUGAAAACAGACCCCCGCACACUGCAUUUUAUCUAUACUACAAUGUCAAUGGUUUAUUUGACAACGUUUUUCGACCACUCAAGUCUGUGUCAGGUGUGUGAGUGGUUGAAAUUACAGUCAAAUAAACCAGGCUGUACAUCUUUAAAAGCGUAACCGUGACGAACAAACAACACACGAGAGAACAGAAGACAAAAUGAGAAAAGGUUUGUCUUUAAUGAAGAUGUGAUGUCAUAGGCUAGGCUUUAUUGAAACUGUUUAAACACAAAAUUAGCAUAAAACGGGUUUUGUUCUUUUUUUUUACAGAAUCCCAAAUGGCACCCUAUUUCCUAUCUAGUGCACUACUUUCUACCAGUGCCCUAUGGCCCCUGCUCAAAAGCAGUGCACUACAUAGGGGAUAGGGUGCCAUUUGGUAUGUGGACUAAAUCGUUCAUCAACAGUCUCUUAAUUGACGGAAUUGCAGUAAUGACAGAGAACUGGAUGCGACUGGGAUUGACUGAGACCCUUUCACAAUGGAAAAAAAAAGGGUUCACACAGCCACUCUUUCUGUCUAAUGAAUGGCUUGGCUACAGCCACUGUCUGACUGGCUGCUGCGCUGAAUUUCACUGGAACUGGGGGGUUGAAACAACACACAACAGAACCUAAACUGGGGUUGGAAAGAGUCCCAACGACACAACAGAAACUAAACUGGGGUUGGAAAGAGUCCUAACAACACAACAGAAACUAAACUGGGGUUGGAAAGAGUCCUAACAACACAACAGAAACUAAACUGGGGUUGGAAAGAGUCCUAACAACACAACAGAAACUAAACUGGGGUUGGAAAGAGUCCUAACGACACAACAGAAACUAAACUGGGGUUGGAAAGAGUCCUAACGACACAACAGAAACUAAACUGGGGUUGGAAAGAGUCCUAACAACACAACAGAAACUAAACUGGGGUUGGAAAGAGUCCUAACAACACAACAGAAACUAAACUGGGGUUGGAAAGAGUCCUAACAACACAACAGAAACUAAACUGGGGUUGGAAAGAGUCCUAACAACACAACAGAAACUAAACUGGGGUUGGAAAGAGUCCUAACACACAACAGAAACUAAACUGGGGUUGGAAAGAGUCCUAACAACACAACAGAAACUAAACUGGGGUUGGAAAGAGUCCUAACAACACAACAGAAACUAAACUGGGGUUGGAAAGAGUCCCAACGACACAACAGAAACUAAACUGGGGUUGGAAAGAGUCCUAACAACACAAUAGAAACUAAACUGGGGUUGAAAAGAGUCCUAACGACACAACAGAAACUAAACUGGGGUUGGAAAGAGUCCUAACAACACAACAGAAACUAAACUGGGGUUGGAAAGAGUCCUAACGACACAACAGAAACUAAACUGGGGUUGGAAAGAGUCCUAACAACACAACAGAAACUAAACUGGGGUUGGAAAGAGUCCUAACGACACAACAGAAACUAAACUGGGGUUGGAAAGAGUCCUAACGACACAACAGAAACUAAACUGGGGUUGGAAAGAGUCCUAACAACACAACAGAAACUAAACUGGGGUUGGAAAGAGUCCUAACAACACAACAUAAACUAAACUGGGGUUGGAAAGAGUCCUAACAACACAACAGAAACUAAACUGGGGUUGGAAAGAGUCCUAACGACACAACAGAAACUAAACUGGGGUUGGAAAGAGUCCUAACAACACAACAGAAACUAAACUGGGGUUGGAAAGAGUCCUAACAACACAACAGAAACUAAACUGGGGUUGAAAAGAGUCAUAACGACACAACAGAAACUAAAAUGGGGUUGGAAAGAGUCCUAACAACACAACAGAAACUAAACUGGGGUUGAAAAGAGUCCUAACGACACAACAGAAACUAAACUGGGGUUGGAAAGAGUCCUAACAACACAACAGAAACUAAACUGGGGUUGGAAAGAGUCCUAACAACACAACAGAAACUAAACUGGGGUUGGAAAGAGUCCUAACAACACAACAGAAACUAAACUGGGGUUGAAAAGAGUCCUAACGACACAACAGAAACUAAACUGGGGUUGGAAAGAGUCCUAACACAACAGAAACUAAACUGGGGUUGGAAAGAGUCCUAACGACACAACAGAAACUAAACUGGGGUUGGAAAGAGUCCUAACAACACAACAGAAACUAAACUGGGGUUGGAAAGAGUCCUAACGACACAACAGAAACUAAACUGGGGUUGGAAAGAGUCCUAACGACACAACAGAAACUAAACUGGGGUUGGAAAGAGUCCUACCAACACAACAGAAACUAAACUGGUGUUGUAAAGAGUCCUAACACAACAGAAACUAAACUGGGGUUGGAAAGAGUCCUAACAACACAACAGAAACUAAACUGGGGUUGGAAAGAGUCCUAACGACACAACAGAAACUAAACUGGGGUUGGAAAGAGUCCUAACGACACAACAGAAACUAAACUGGGGUUGGAAAGAGUCCUAACAACACAACAGAAACUAAACUGGGGUUGGAAAGAGUCCUAACAACACAACAGAAACUAAACUGGGGUUGGAAAGAGUCCUAACGACACAACAGAAACUAAACUGGGGUUGGAAAGAGUCCUAACGACACAACAGAAACUAAACUGGGGUUGGAAAGAGUCCUAACAACACAACAGAAACUAAACUGGGGUUGGAAAGAGUCCUAACGACACAACAGAAACUAAACUGGGGUUGGAAAGAGUCCUAACAACACAACAGAAACUAAACUGGGGUUGGAAAGAGUCCUAACGACACAACAGAAACUAAACUGGGGUUGGGAAGAGUCCUAACAACACAACAGAAACUAAACUGGGG